AUGGUCGCGCAAAGGUAUACGCUUUCAGCCCUGAGGUCGACGCUGUCGGCCGCAUCUGGCGCACCUCGCCAGUCGGUCGCUUCUUCCUCGCGCACGUUCGUCUCGACUCCCUACAGCAGAUCGGAUCGACCGCCCACCGGCGCUUUCCCUCCUCAUCAAAACGAUGCCCCAUCUGCCCAAGGCUCGUCCGGCAGCACCUUCACGUCCUCAAGACCCGCUGCAAGCUUUGGAAUGGAUGGAUCAGCGCCAGAGAACAAGCAGACGCACUUCGGUUUUAGGACGGUGGCGGAGGAGGAGAAGGAGUCCAUGGUAGCUUCCGUCUUCUCGUCCGUGGCAUCCAAGUACGACGUGAUGAACGAUGCCAUGUCGCUCGGCAUUCACCGGUUGUGGAAAGACCACUUUGUCUCUAAGCUCGACCCACGUGGCGGCAUCAAGGUACUCGACGUAGCUGGAGGCACCGGAGACAUUGCUCUGCGCAUCCUUGAUCAUGCUAGGACAAAGCAUUUCGAUCGCGAGACCCACGUGACGGUCCUCGACAUCAAUCCGAGCAUGCUCAAAGAAGGUCAGAAACGAUUCAAGCAGACCAUGUACUGGGGUGGCCCGCAGAUCAGCUUCCAGCUUGGCAAUGCCGAGCAGCUGGAUUCCACCAUGCCGGUGCCACCCGAGCCCGUGCGCGGUCCCAACAGCAAGCAGCCGUACUUGCCUCCUCUUGAAAGCAAGCCCAUCCCAGACGAAUCGAUUGACCUUUUCACCAUGGCAUUCGGCAUCCGCAACUGCACCCACAUUGACGAGGUGCUGAGGCAAGCAUAUCGCGUCCUCAAGCCGGGAGGAGUCUUUAGCUGUCUCGAGUUUGGCAAGGUCAAUGUACCCGUCUUGGCCGAAGUGUACAAACAGUACAGCUUCAACGUUCUCCCACCACUAGGGCAGAUGCUUGCUGGCGAUCGUGCUUCGUACCAGUACCUUGUCGAGUCGAUCGAGCGCUUUCCGACGCAGCCUCAAUUUGCAAGGAUGAUGAAGGAUGCUGGCUUCCAUCUGCCCGGCUCUCCCACAGCGACAAGUCUUGGCUUCCCUGCAGAGUCUGGAAGCGCAGCAGGAAGCGAAGACGUUGCUGGUGCCUGGGAGGAUCUCACCUUUGGUGUCGCGACCAUCUGGACCGGCAUCAAGCUUUGA